AUGGUAUACGGCGGGAAGCCAAGUACUGGGUGCCAGAACUGUCGCAAACGACGCAUCAAGUGCGAUGAAACUCGUCCGCACUGCCGAGCAUGUGUUCGGACAGGCCGGACAUGUCCUGGCUAUCCCGACCCUUUUGAUGUCAUGUUAAGAGACCAAGUAGCGUUCCACCGCAAGAAGCGACACACAUCUAGUAAGGUCUCCACUCCGAAGAUCGAAGUGGAGUCAAUUCGAUCUUCACCUGCUCCGGUAGUAUCCAACGAUGCUUUGAUUAGCACCAGGCCUAGCGCAGAUCUCUCGCAGACGGGAUCGGUACUGCGCACUGCGCAGCAAGAGGUCCCAAGAGGGUUGGCUCUACCAACUGACGAUACUGUGACUGCGAUGUUCUUCAAUUCGUACAUCUACUCGCCUAGAGAUCCGCUGAUUUUGCGGGGUUUCAUGGAUAUCUUGCCUGAUGUCUUCUGCUAUACUCAGCCUGGCUCUCAUUUGCAUGUCGGCACUUUGGCCGUGUCGUACUUUUCGGUGGCUGCCUGGACGGGGAAUCGCUCUUUUCUCCAGUCAGCGCAGCAGUUGUUUGUGAAGGCUGUCGCCAAGACUAGGGAAGCGUUACAGGGUGACAUUACUCAUAAUGUGGAUGAUAUUCUGAUGACCAUUCUUCUUUUGUCUACUUAUGAGGAGUUCUGCGCUAUCAAAGAAAAUAGACCGUCAAGAAGGACCCAUUUGCGAGGUGCUGUUGCUCUGGUGAACAGCAAACGGCCUGAGCAGCGAUCGUCGAUUAUAUCAUUGAUCUUAGAGAAUGCGGUCCAGGUACAGCUGAUCAAAUCAUCAAAAGGUCUGGCCUAUCCCACAAUGCAGACGCCAAAUCAAUGGCCCCCGUCUGCACCCGUUCCACAGUCAGCAUCGUCACAGCUAUUAACGAUCACCUCCGAGCUGGUCAGUCUCCGACAAGCAUGGGAUAGAUUCAACGAAGAAGGAACAAACCAUGUCCAUGACAUCCAGGAGAUCCUCUCACGGGCCUACAGCCUGGACGCGAAUCUAGAAGCUUGGAAAUACGCACUCCCUGAACACUGGAAACCAUUGCCUGCGGUCUAUGUUCCCCAGUCCGUGCGGGAAGCCGGCAUGUACAAAAACCGCUGCGACUGCUACACCGACCUCUGGAUGGCAGGGACAUGGAACUUUUACCGGGAUUCCCGGAUAGUCGUCCAAAAUAUCAUACUUCGCUGUUUGCGGAUCCUACCUGAUGGUGUGAUGCUGGAGCAUAUACAGGAGACUAUUAACCUGAUUGAGACUCUUGCUCUGGAUAUCUGCGCCACCGUGCCGUACAUCCUUGGCAGCCAGACGAUGUCAGUGCAUGUUAGUGGGCAAAAAAUCGAGUAUCCGGAAGCCGAUGGACGGCGGGUGACGACGCCUCAUUAUCCGACUGCUGCGCUUGUGGGGGGAUGGAUGGUAUCGUCUCACUUGUCGAAUCUAGAAUUGCUGUGUCUGAGUGAGGAGAUGAAUACAUGGAUUCGGGCGCAGAAGGAGCGAGUACUGCAGAUAUAUACGUUUGGGGGAAACGGCAGUCAGAUAAGCAUGUCACAUGACAUUGACUUUCCCGAUUGGUCAUCAUCUCCGCAGAAUCUCCAAUCGCAGUCAGACAGACUCAUUAUUACCUCUACAGAACAUAAAACCAACACUGUCCAAUCUCAUACCAUUACUCUACUAUUCUACCUCCAAUACCCUCUCCGGACCACAAUUGUCACUGCUACCACAACGACAACCAACCCACAACCACCACCACCCCAAACCACCUCAUCACCACCACCACCACCAACCAACCAACCAACCAACCAACCCACCAAAAUGCUCUUCUCCUCCCUCUUCUCCUCCUCCUCCACGCCGUCCAACCCAGAACCCCAACCCGCACCCCCCUCCACGCCCUCCCCCGAACCUCAAUCCCAACCCACCCGCUCCCCCAGCGACGAAUUCGACCCCCCGCUCCCCAAACUCUGGACACCCAAAACGAACCUCAAGCUGCUCCUCGGCGGCCUGGCCUUUUUCACAUUCAGCAUCUACAGCACGCGGCGAGCCAUGAACCGCAAGUUACUCGCCAGCGUCCCGCCGUACUACACAAGCAGCGUGUACCACAAACCGAAAGUCAGCGGCGGGGCGGAGGCAUUCGAGGCGCUGCAUCUGGCGACGAUGAACGUGCUGUCGUUCGGAAUGAUGAGUGCGGGGGGCGCGUUGUAUGCGCUGGAUAUCAAUGGGGUGGAGGAUAUGAGGAAGUUCGUGAGGAAGGGGAUGGUGGAGGGGGAUGGGGCGUUGAUGAGGGGUGAGGAUAAGGAGUUGGAGAAGGAGGUGGAGGGGUGGGUUGCGAAGGUGUUGGGGGAGAAGUUUGGGAAGGAGUUGCAGAAGGAGAAGGAGAGGAGUGCUGCUGCUGCUGCGGCUGCGGAGAACAAGGAGUGA